CACUGCAAAAUCAAAAUCUAAAGCUUAAAAAUCGAUCGAGGACGAUAAUCUGAAAACACGAGUCCGUGUGAGCUUUGAAUCAGAGAUUCUUCUUCGUUGUCGUGCGUCUCUCUGAUUCAGAAUAUACUCCAAAUUGCAUGUGUAUGAAUUGAAAUCGAAGAAUGGAUCUGUUACGAGUCGGGUCGGGCAUGGAUUUGUUAGCGUGGAGAGGAAUGGCGUACACUCUUCUCCUCCUCAACUUCGUCUUCGCUUGCCAGCUUCUUCUUCUCCAUCCUCUCGUCUCCGCUUUUGAUGGACAAUCUGUAGAUGCUGCUGAGUUAUUUGAGAGGGCUUCACAGAGCAUCAAGGUCAAGCGUUUUAGCGAUGCUCUAGACGAUCUCAAUGCUGCCAUUGAAGUAGACCCUGCACUUUCUGAUGCUUACUUCAAACGUGCAUCCGUGCUUCGUCAUUUUUGCAGAUACGAAGACUCUGAAAAUAGCUACCAUAAGUAUCUAGAGUUACAUCCAGGCGAUUCCAAUGCUGAGAAAGAGCUCUCCCAGCUUCAUCAAGCCAAGAGUGCUUUGGAGACUGCUUCUUCUCUUUAUGAAUCGAAGGACAUUGGGAAGGCUCUUGAGUUUGUUGAUAAAGUUGUUCUUGUCUUCUCCCCAGCUUGCUCUAAGGCAAAGCUUCUUAAAGUGAAGCUCCUUAUGGUGUCUAAAGACUACUCAGCUGCAAUUUCAGAGACUGGUUAUAUCCUCAAGGAAGAUGAAAACAACCUUGAAGCUCUUCUCCUUCGUGGCCGUGCCUAUUACUAUUUAGCAGAUCAUGAUGUUGCUCAAAGGCAUUACCAAAAAGGGCUUCGUCUUGAUCCAGAACACAGCGAGCUGAAGAAAGCAUACUUCGGACUCAAAAAACUUCUCAAGAAAACAAAAAGCGCAGAAGAUAAUGCAAGCAAAGGAAAGUUGAGAGUUUCGAUAGAGGACUACAAAGCAGCUAUAGCUAUGGACCCUGAACACACUGCGCAUAACGUUCAUCUCUACCUUGGACUGUGCAAGGUCUCCGUGAGGCUUGGCCGUGGAAAAGAAGGCUUAGAUAGCUGCAACGAAGCACUUAACAUUGAUUCAGAACUCACCGAAGCAUUACAUCAGAGGGGAGAAGCUAAACUGUUGCUUGAAGAUUGGGAAGGAGCUGUGGAGGAUUUGAAGCAAGCAGCUCAAAGCUCCCAGGAUAUGGAGAUACAUGAAGCACUUGGUAGAGCAGAGAAAGCACUGAAGAUGAGCAAACGAAAAGAUUGGUAUAAGAUCCUUGGCAUUUCCAAAACUGCAUCCAUCUCUGAAAUCAAAAGAGCAUACAAGAAGCUUGCUCUGAAAUGGCAUCCUGAUAAAAACGUUGACAAUAGAGAAGAAGCUGAGAACCAAUUCAGGGAGAUCGCUGCAGCUUAUGAGGUUCUUGGAGAUGACGAUAAACGGGCGAGAUUUGACAGAGGAGAGGAUCUUGAAGAGAUGGGCGGAGGUGGCGGCCAUCAUGGAGGAUUUGAUCCAUUUGGCGGCGGUGGAGGUGGUGGAUACACCUUCCAUUUCGAGGGCGGUUUUCCCGGUGGAGGUGGUGGUGGUUUUGGCGGUUUUGGUUUCUAACUUAGGCAUGAAGGCAUCAUCAUGUAACCUAAAGACUAAGCUUUUUUCUUUCAAACUAUACUCGAGUCAAAACACAUGUUGCAUUCUUUCAUCAAGAAAGUUUUUGUUCAA